UUGUCAAGGGACGCUUUAGUUUACGGAAGUUUUCUUUUCUUUUUUUCUUUUCUUUUUUGUUUUUUAAUUUUUCCGAGGGCUGUUGGUCAACAGGGCUGCUUGAAAUUUCUAAAUACUGAAGCUACGUUUGUAAAAUCCCUUCUGCCCCGGAAGGGAACCGACUUUUGGCCGUUUUAAGUGACAAACCCGAGCUCUGUGUGACGCUGUAGCCUCAUAAACGACAUGGCACAGGUUCCUCCUCCAGGAUCGGUCGUAGUCGCUGACUGGCAUCUAUGUAAAGACAGUAAAGAAUAUUUCAGCAAAAUCCUCCACAAGAAGAGACGCAGGAACUUUGGCCUCUUGGAGUCUCCAGUGAUGCCUCCACAUGUAGCUGUAGACACGGUUCAUUAUAAGAUCUUCAUUUCUGGCAAGAGCGGAGUCGGGAAAACUGCACUUGCUGCACGUCUUGCAGGCCUGAAUAUUCCCAACAUGCACUACGAAACCACAGGUAUUGAGACGACAGUGGCGUAUUGGCCAGUGAAGCUAAAAGAAAACAGCAGAGUGCUUUUCUUCCGUUUUCAGCUGUGGGACUGUGGAGAGAAUGCCUUACGUAGAUUUGACCAUUUGCUUCCAUCCUGUAAGGAGCAAGCAGAUGCGGUCCUCUUCUUGUUCUCCUUCACAGACAGGACAUCUUUCGAUGAUCUGCCAAAUCAGCUUGCUAAAUGGACCGAGCUAUUUGCCAGGCGUGUUGUGAAAAUGGUGAUUGGCACCAAAUUCGACCUUUUCAUGCACUGUGAUGUGGCAGAGAGAGAUGUCAGAGACUUCCAGGAUACAUGGGGGAUUCCGGUGCUGCGUACGGGCGGCGAGGUCACUGACGGGCUGGGUGACGUAGCCCCGCUCCUCAACUGCCUUGCAGAGAAGCUGUGGUAUCAGGACUGCAUUACAGCCGGAUCAGCCAGCCUCCAUUCACAGCAGGAGACGGUGACUCCACUUUAAAACUGAACAUUAUUUCAAGCAAACAGCUCAGCGGGCUGAACCGGACCUGAGGUCACUCCUGCUGGAUGGGGCUAGUGUUGAGAUGAUUGUACUACAGCAGUGGUAAAAUUGUCAAGGUUGAGAUUUAUUACGAAAGACUUAUGUCAGAAGCUCCCAUCAUUGUAAGAAACUGGAUGGUGAAGAUGAACAGGUAUAUUAUGAUGGCAUUGCAUGAAUGUUUCCUUGCUACUCAACUUUUCCUGGUUUUAAAAGAUUCGGUGGCAUGAAAUAUUCAGUUAUUAAAUAGUGUGCCUCAGCUGUGAUGCAUGUAACUCAAAUCUUGUCUGUUUAUGGCAUCUAAAAACCAAUUCGGGGAGUUCUCAGAAUCAG